CGCAACGCUCGAACAAUCGUAUCCGCUCUUCCCAAAUUGUCCAUUUUCGCGUACAAUCCGAGCGUCGGUUAGGAAGACGUUACUGUAGCGGGAUCCCCGAUGCUCGGAUAGACGAACGCGGGCGGCUCCUGCAGGUUAAUUAACGGAGAAUUCGAGGUCCGUUCGAUUCCGUUACGGAUCAGCUUGCACCUGCGGGGUUGGACGACGGCGAAACGCUCGAUUCGCGAUUCAAGCGCGUAACGGAUGUGCCCAAAACCGCGUCCUCCGCUCUGUACGUACGUUCGUCGGCCACCGGAUAAUCAGGUUUUCGUGUACGCGAUACUUUGGGGACAUCUUAGCCGGGCUAAGAAGCCGGCUCGCUCCUUAUUUCGUAUUCCGCGUCUGUUCCGACGCGUCCGUUCUUUCCGACGAAGACUUUGUUGCCGGACCAAAGUCCGAUUAUUAUUCUUCGUCGCUGUCCUUGAUCUCCGUCAACCCGGUCGACUCGUUUUUCAUCGAUUAAAAUCGAGUUCCGGGUUGAUAACGGUGCCGGUCGUUCCCCGGAGCCCGUCUGCUCCUGCGUUUUUCCAUUAUAAAUUUUCGGUACAUUUAACGUCGACGCUCUCGUUCGAUUUCUUUUUCUUUCGCUCUUGCGUCCAGUUGCAUCGCGACGUUGCUGUCGCGAAAUCUCGUUUCACUUCGCAGCGAACAACGGUGUUUCUUAUAUCGGAGAAGUUGCGUAUCGAUUCGGCGAGCCUCCGCGAUUUCGGUACGAGAAUCGCGCGAAAAUUGCCGGCCGUCCGAAGGCAAAAAAGAUCGGACGCCUCGCGCGAACAUAUGGCGAGUCUCUCGGUGGAUGAUGUUCUCCUCCGCAUACGAGCCGGAGAAUUCUUCGAUGACUUGGUGGGGAACAAACCGACCGAGGAUCUUCUCGCAGUUCAUCCCCGUUAGUGUAAACGCGAAUAUGCUCGCCGCGAGUGCUCCACGCGUGCACACGUGACUCCGCGACUUUUUGCCAAGAGGACGAGCGAACGCUUCGCGCCGGAACUUUUACCGGACUUUCGUUGUAAAAAUAAACCUUCGAUCGUGACGAAAAACGCGCGGUUAAUUUCGCGAUUCGAACGCGGUGCGCGGUCUCGUUGCAGCGUUCUCGAGACCUUCCGGGAAUUAGAAAUUCGCGAGCUCGACAUAAAUAGCAAAUGCGCGGGCAAUAUUAAUGGAUCCAAGAUGGAUAUCGCGAGGAGAAUGAAUCUGAUUUGUCUCGCUUUGGUGAUGUUGAAACUUGUUCGCGCGAGAAUGCAGGGAAUCGAGUCCAGCGGCGAGUAUCUGCAGAAGGCGAUGAUGCAGCUGCAAGAGUUCAACGUUCCUCCCCCCGUAAAUGUUUACGAACGGCUCGCCUCGGGCAACGGCUACAACAAUUUGGCCGCCGAUGAGAAACAGGCUCAUCGAGUCCAGAGGAUCAACAUGCAUCCGCGACACAAGUAUAAAAACCAGAGCCAUCACGUUCUGCUGGCCGAGAGGGCGGACGCGCUUCGUUACGACGCGGAAAGUCUUCCCAGUCGUUAUCAGCCCUAUAGCUCCGCCAUGACCAAAGUACAAGAACCGGAAUUGCUGGGGUUCACGCGGGCCGAGCUGGCGUCCAUGUACAAAAAUGCGUUGGAAAGAGGAUCGGCGAUGAAUUUGCAAUCGUUGACCAACGCGCUUUCCACUGGAGAAUUACCUAACGUGCCGCAGACUCCCGUGGAGUUUCCGGUCAAAUCUCCUGGUUACCAAUAUUAUUUUUUCCCAUUGAAGAGCUUCGUGUCCGAAUUCAAGAAAGACCACGGCUACAAAACGAUACCUCCAGCUGUAUUUAAUAGUUCUCCGGCUCCAUUGUCCACUCAAUCGCUGUUAACGUCGAGCCCUCUCUUCGUCGCCAUAAGCACCUUCGUUACCAUGGCGGUUCUGUUCAUGAUGAGCGUUUUAUUUCUACCGAGACUGCCUGCGAUCGAAGCUCUGCUGCAAUCACGGGAGAUUCAGGACGAUUUUCUUCAUUUGUCGAGCGCUAUUGUGAACGCCAUCGAUCGGUACAAUCUUCUGGAGAGCUUCAAAGGACAGCGCGUCGAGUACAUGAGAUAGCUCGUUUACAAUUACAUUCGGUAUUUCCUCUCUGCAGCGGUCCCGCUUCCCCACUGCUCGCGAAACAAAAAUGAAUCUUUAAUACAACUUCAGAAAGAUCAACCGCAGCUUGUAAUUAAUUCGUGGACUCCUUCGACCAAGUUUUAAUUGGACCGCGGAUCUUUACGCGAUACGAAAUAUGAAAAUAUCGUUCGACCACUCUCUUAACGAGCUUGCGAAUGCCAUAAACGGAUAAAAGCUGCAGUCUAUUAUUCACGAUAAAUGCAAUUAAGAUUAAUUCGUCGGUAAUUACUUAUCGUUGCUUACGAUACCGAUCGUUGGAUCAACGUGUGUAAGGUAUAAUGAUGAAGUCAAACGAGACCUGUAUUUGUAAGAUAUAUUUCAUUGUAACAUUAAUUAUAUAGCUUCUAGUAAAAUCUUUACAAAAAACAACGACGAGGUAAACAAAACAAUUUUUAUUCGAUAACAUCGUUAUAUGCUACACUGUACUCUUAAAAAAAAAAAAGAAACGUGUAAUGUUAUACAAAUCUUUUCCUUCUGUUUUGUACAUAAAUAUUAAUAAAAUCGUGUGAAAGUUAAUAACUAGAGAUAUGCUCGAAAUAAUACAACACUAAACGGUACUAUGAACACCUACAAGUAUUGUGCAUCUUUGUAACUAUAUAAUAUAUAUUUAUAAUAUGUAUAAUAUAUUACGAUAGAGAAAAAUAGGGAUGAGUUAUGCAUUUGAUCUGUCUCGGGAAUGUAUUUAUCCGAUAAUCGUUUAAAUUUGUAAUAAAGAAGUUAAGGUACUCUUUAAA